GGCGCGACCCGGGAGUGGAUGCCUGGACGGGGCGGAGACAGGAGCAGAAGGCGGAGAGAGGCUUCUUAGCGGGAAGGAGGAAGGCGGCGGCGGCGCAGGGCUACUCCUCAUGGCCAGCUCGGAUCGGGGUCCAGCGCGGCUGGCGCUGGCCUCCUUGCCGGCGGCGCCCCGAGAACAGCUCCAUCUCCUCCCGUGCGCGGUCCAGCGCGAUGGCAGCGCGGAAGUCCGGCGGUACUUCGAGCCGGCCAUCCGACGGCCCGCCGAGCCCGACGGAGAGUCAUCUGUGUCCUUCCGUGGCCGGAGUCUCAUAGGGAAGGACGUCUUUGUUCCUGCAGGGUAUGUGGGACUGGUGUUGGAAGAAGACGUGGCACCCUUCUUGCCAGUGCAGGAGCGGCAGGUGCGCGUGAAAUCGACCUUUGAGUCGCUGACCAUGUGGACCCUGGAGCGGGCCCCUAACAGCAGCGAUGAGCUCCUCAUGGCCUUCCAUUGGCCAAAGAUUGCUGAAGGGAUUCAUGCUCCCGUGGCUGAUGAGGAGUGAGGUGUGGGCCAGCGGCUGCUGUUGCAACACACGUGGAAGUUCAGUGCGGUAGAAAAUAUGCUGCCCUUGGACUCGGUGCUGGAUUUUGGGGCAGACUAAGGAGUGGACCUUCUUCCCCAGAACGUCUCUUUUCAGACUGGCUGUUGCUGUUCCUCCGGGCCCCACUGAAGUACAGCGCCACUGCUUCUGCCAGGCCACAGAUGGGUUCAGCCUUGUUUCUUGUAUGGUAAUAACAUUUGAGUACAAUUUGGCUUGUUUCAGAUCGCUGCGAUUCUGGUUUCAACUAAGUUUUCAUGGGAUUGCCAGGGGGGGGGGGGCUUUGAGAAUGUGCUACAUCACGUUGAAGGCACGUCAGCUAGGAGCCUGCUGUUAUACUUGGUUUCUGCUGCCUUUCUUGUUUGUAUAACUACCUACAUAAGACCAUUUUGAAACUGGUUUAAUUCUCAUGUUUUGCCUCCCAGGAACGUGCUGCAGCCCCUGAAGUUUACAUACCCCUCCAGCUGUGGGUUGUGUUCAGUGCUUUUCCUACUGUGAGAAGGCCCACUGAAGUUAAUAGACAUGAAAAACGUUUUAUGAAUUUCAGUGUGUCUCCUCUGAGUAGAACUUAAUUGGAUAAUACUCCUAUAGGUCCCAGGCUGUGGUCUGAAGGCACAUGAGGCCAGCUGAGACCACCUGGGAACCACAUGUAAGCCGCCUUGGGCUUCUAUCAUGAAAAAAAAGGCAGGGGAUAAAUGUAAUAAAUAAAUAAUUUCUAUGGUUUAUUAGGAAAAGAGAGCCAACUAGUUUUAAAUUGCUUUUAGUUUGUAGCGUAAAGGCUUUGCUUUGAACACCUCUUAAUAAAGUAAGAAGAGCCUGCUGGAUCAGGCCAGUGGCCCAUCUCAUCCAGCAUCCUGUUCUCACAGUGGCCAACCAGAUGCACCAAUGGGAAGCCCAAAAGCAGGACCUAAGUGCAAGAGCACUCUCCCCUCCUGUGGUUUCCAGCAACUGGCGUUCAGAAGCACACUGCCUCCGAUCAUGGAGGCAGAGCAUAGCCAUUGAGGCUAGUGGCCAUCGAUAGCCUCCUCCUCCUCCAUUAAUUUGCCUAAUCCUCUUUUAAAGCUGUCCAAGUUGGUGGUGAUGGCCAUCACUCGCUUGGGAGGAUGCCCUUACAAGGUACGCUAAGUUUCAAGAGGUUUAGGCUGAAGUGGCCGCCUCUACCGUGUAACACACACAACGUUCCUUCUCAGGGUCUCACUCGCUUGGCCGAGGCGCUUGUUGUGUGCAAGAGAAGAACGUACACAGAAGAAAGAUAUACACACAGUUUAAAAACCAUUUUGUUAAUUUAUUCUGAGCACAGAAGUUGGGUGGGGUUUGCUUUUUUGUUUUAAGGCUCCUCCUCCUCUGGCUCACGAAGACCCUUGGGAAAGGGGGCGAGAAAGCGAGAAGUCCUCACGCCGCCUGCUACUCCGGAACAAUUCUCCCUCCUUUCCGCACCUUCACCCCUGUGAAUGGCACCGCAGGCUCAGAGAUCUGGUCAUAGAGGGGCUUGUGGAGCUGGCCCGGCGGCUUCUCUUGUCUGAGACUGCACAGCACAACUUCCCUCUGGAAAGAGGGCAGCAGAAAUGCUUUCUCUUCCUGCAGCUGAUAUAUAGAUACCCGGGGGGGGGGAGUAGCCCCCAUGAAAUGUCUUUGUCACUCAAGGAGGCAGGCUCCAGCCUUUGAUUCUUGGUGGUGGUUUUUAUAAAUAAAUAAUCCAGUCCCAAAGGAGAGCAGGUUGGGUCGCUUCGUCUGUGCUUUAUCAGCAUCUGUACACAACGGCUCAAUUCAACGAGGGAUCCACAAAAGUCCUAUAUACAAACAGCCAGGCAAGUCCAAGGCACACGGGGCCCAGAUUUUCCCCCUCAAGAGGUCUGGCAGGCCAACAAUGCCUGUCUUUGAAAGCUGGCUGGAAACAGUCUUUGAAAGCGCGCACGGGCACCCUUGCCUGAUCCUCACCGUCAGAGAAUGGGAGGAAGAGGAGGGUGAACGGCCUACAAGCAUCCAUUCCCUAGUCAACGUGGGCAGCUCUUUGCCCUCACCACUUUCCUCUCUUGCUCCAGUCCUUUGGCGUGAAGUGCAGACACUUGGAGUCGAUACGGAGGAUUCGCUUCAGCAUGGCACGCUCGUGUCCAUCCACUAUGUCCUCUGAGAGUGUCAAGAUAUACUGGCCCUAAAAGAGAGACAGAUUUUGGUUUUCCUUGCUUACUGAUUUAGAAAAAAAGAGAGCCUAGUCCUCAUGAAAGGGAUACGUGUAUAUUUGAAACACUGCCGUCUCCCACUGCUUCUGUGACCACCACCGUUGAGUGCCUGAGAUUCUGCAUAAUAAAUACUGAAAGCAAAGCUCAUUCUCAGAUUUCUUUGAUUUUUU